CCCGGAAGCGGCGGCGGGCGCGGCUGAGGCGGCGGCGCUGCGAGCGGCCUGGUCCCGGGCGGGAGCAUGGUGCAGAGCCGGCCCCGGUCCCCCCGCCGCCUCUGAGCCCGGCCGGGCCGCGCCCGCGCCCGAGCUUGCAUAUACAGUACAACUGUCCUGUCCUUCUGGAUGCUGCAGAGAUUAAAAGACCUUUUCACAGGACUACAGAUCAAGCAAACCUGUUUCUCUUUAUUUGCUUUCUGUUCCCCGCUUGUGCAGCUUCUGGAGUGGGUGCCUCAGAGCUGCACUUUAACACUUGGCUGUUUGUUUUCUUUGUGGGUGGAGAUGAGUGAACUCCAGAAGAACUUUGUUCCCUUCACUGGCAUGCUGGAAAGAUUAGACCAUUCAAAAGAAAUGAAGAAUCAAUAGGAUUAAAUGGCAGCUCCAGUCCAAAAAGUUCUUACUCAAUAGCCAUGCUCUGUGCGGAUCUAAUCAGAAUAAUGUUCUGCAUAAACCCUUUGGAGAACCUGAAGGUUUAUAUCAGUAGUCGACCUCCUCUUGUGGUCUUCAUGAUCAGCGUAAGCGCCAUGGCAAUAGCUUUUCUGACGCUGGGUUACUUCUUUAAAAUCAAAGAGAUCAAGUCUCCGGAGAUGACAGAGGACUGGAAUACGUUCCUCCUGAGGUUUAAUGAUUUGGACUUCUGUAUAUCAGAAAAUGAAACCUUAAAGCAUCUCAUCAACGACACUACAACUCCAGAAAGUACAGUAACUAGUGGACAAGCCAGAUCCUCUACACAGUCACCACAGACCCUUGAGGACUCUGGCCCAAUAAACAUCUCUGUUACAAUCACUCUGACACUGGACCCACUCAAACCAUUUGGCGGAUACUCCCGUAAUGUCACACAUUUAAGCUCCACAAUUUUUGGGCACCAAAUUGGACUUUCAGGCAGAGAAUCCCACGAGGAGAUAAACAUUACAUUCACCCUGCCUGCUGCUUGGAAUUCAGACGACUGUGUUCUCCAUGGGCACUGUGAGCAGGUGGUAUUCACAACCUGUAUGACUGUCACAGCAGCCAGCAAUGUGUUUCCUGUCACAGUUCAGCCACCACAUUGUGUCCCAGAAACAUACAGCAAUGCUACACUCUGGUACAAGAUUUUUACUACAGCCAGGGACUCGAAUACAAAAUAUGCACAAGAUUAUAACCCGUUCUGGUGUUACAAAGGAGCCAUUGGAAAGGUCUAUCAUGCUUUAAAUCCCAAGCUAACUGUUAUAGUUCCAGAUGAUGAUCGCUCGCUAAUAAACUUGCAUCUCAUGCAUACCAGUUAUUUUCUCUUUGUGAUGGUGAUUACAAUGUUCUGCUAUGCAGUUAUUAAAGGUAGACCAAGCAAACUAAGGCAAAGCAAUACAGAAUUCUGUCCUGAAAAAGUUGCUUUGUCGGAAGCAUAAUCCAUCGUCUCCUUUUACCGAAAAUGACUGAGAACCAUAAUCAUUGCCUGCUGAACCCAGAAUGGGUCUUAACACUCUGUGAAUACAUUAUCUUGCAAUGUUGGUUUAUUCCAACCAAAGACAUUUCAAGUGCCUGUAAUUGAUUUGUACAUAUUUAUAAAAGUAUAUUCAGAACAGGUCAGAUGAUGCACUUGUUCCGCAUUGUAGUGCGGCCAGAAUCUUUCAAUCUUUACCUGUGGACAUAGCCGAAUGUUUGUGUAGAUAUGUUUAGUGAUAUGGCUACAUAUAGUCAGAGCAAGAUAUUUUUGUCUAGCUGCAUCUGGGCAGGGUAAGAUGCCUUUGCAAAUGUCUCAAAAAAGAAAAAAAAAAAACCCAACCUCCCAUCAUCUCUGUUUUUGCCCAAUGAUAUGUACAGUGUGUUUGAAACAAGUAUGCACCUUUGAUAUAACACUGCAUUUCCAAAGCCACUGAUUGACAACAUGUUUAAUGUGUAGGUGUGGCUUCUACCUUUUUUUUUUUUCUUUUUAUCCAUUUGCGCCUGGCUUGUAAGAAAGAUAUCCACAGUUUUAGAUCUUUUGAAAAAGAAAUGCGUAUUCACACUUUAAUACAACAGUAGGUAGGACAAACUUGUGCUUUUAUCCAUCCUAAGGAAUUAAAAUGGAGUCAAGUCCCAUUUUUUUUAAUUGAAAAAUGCUCAGUUUCAUUUUUCACGUGCCCAGUUGAAUGGUAGAGCAUUGAUUAGCAGGGGGGUUGUAUAGAAAGCAUUUCACUUAGCUUCCUUUGCACAGCCUCUGAACCAGGAACUUCUUUGCACAGAAGCUUUCUAGACAGUCUCCAGAAAGUGAAGUUUAAAAAAAAAAAAUGCAUUUCAGUAAUCAGUUAAGGCUCUGUGCAACUGGGGACAAGUAUAAAUAAGAAAGGGAAGAGAAAUGCACAAGACCUUGAAGACCAUUGUAAUGCUUCAUUUUUGGGACCUCCCAUCCAUCCAUCUCUUGAGGGCAGCGGAAAAUGACAAUGUUUUAUUCACUUUGCCCAGUUUUUAUAUAAUGCUGUCAGGUGAGGCAAAGCUGGCAGUUAGUGGGCUAAUCCUGUGGUGAAUAAGCUGAAGGAAACCUUGCUCAUAGACUCAACAUUGGUCUGUGUCCAUUCUGGAAUCCAAGUAGUUCUUAUUUCUUGGAGUGCUUUUUAUUCUGAACCUUUAUUUUCCAUUGCGGUCUUCUGCAGUCUCUCUCCAAACAAUCCACCAGUAACUUCUCAAAUUCUCACAAGUCAGGGGUUUUCCUAUGGAACCUUCCACCACUGCUUUUAAAAUCUCACUGGUUGCCUUAACAACCCUUCAUGCCAUCUUCCCCCUUUCCUGUCGGGUACCAUCAUUAUAGCUUUGUAAACAGGUGCAUCUAUUUUUUUCCUUUGCUACGUUUAGCUCUGCGGUGUGUGUGAUAUGUGAAACAAUAAGCCCACGUCCAAAAGGGCGCUAGAGUGUUCUGUAGCCCAUCACAGAGAGGUCCUUACUAUUUUGGAGAGCUGUACUAAUUUGCGUGCAUUUUCCAAAUGUUUCAAGUUUAAAUAAUCUGACUUUUCUUCAGGGAAAUGGUUCCUUUACACUGUUUCAUUUGCUUAUACGGUGUAUCGGUCACUUCACAAAUUUUUUUUUUCCCCAGAGACAAUAAGAUUUGAGCUUUAGAGACAGCCAUUUAGUUUGGAGUCCAGGCAAUAAAUAAGGCUUCCAUUCUUAGCUUAUGCUGCUGUUGACUAGUAAAACGUUACCAAACUGAAGAAGUAAACUUAAACGUAGCUAGAAGGCCUAAAGCGAAGAGCAUUUAGACUGCUCCUAACUUCUGCAUUCCUAGCUGUUUGCUUUGUCCGCAUCUUUGAGAUCCACUCAGAAGUGAUUGAGAACUGAUGAGUUGGGGAGAGGAAAGCAAGUGUGUUGGUCAGUGCUGGUAAGAACCAAACACUUCCACAGCACACAUUGGUUAUCAUGUUUAAAAACAAGAUGUAUUUUGGCAAACUGCAGUGAAAACCCUAAAAGCCCCAAAGAGAAAUAACCAAGCUUGAAAGUACAAUUUGACUUCUUGGGGGAACCACAUUUUUAAUGGAGAUUAUAUUCAGUAAUUAGAGAAUCUGCCUGCUUUAAAACAUACCUACAGUCAAACCCAGCAACAACUGCAUUGAGAUAAACAUCAAAGCUCCGACUGUGACCUACCCAUCCAAGGGGAGGAGUGUUAAGGGGGUAUGUAUCUUUUUUUCAGCCUUACCUUACCUCUUGGUACCUAGUAUUGCAGUAUAAGGGAGGGGAAGGGGGAAGGAAGACCCAGCAAGCCAAGACUGUAAUACUUAGAAAUAAUGGCUUGUACUGAGGCACAAUGUACAAAAGUUAAAUGCAGCCAAACAGAAGGGUAAAAACUUCUUAUUAAAGUGGUUGUUCGGAUCAUAUUGAUCUUUCCUUUGUUUUGUUUUGUUUUCUUUUUCUUUUUAACUAUGACUUGAAUCAGUUUUGAUUCUAUUUGUAAGUGUUUUCUUGUUAGAAACCUGCCAUUUCUGUUGCAUUCUUCUUUGGCAUUACAUAGAAAAAUCUGAGCCUUGAUUUUUUUUUGUUUGUUUGUUUGUUUUGUUUUGUUUUGUUUUUUGUUUUUUUGGGGGGGGUUGUUUUUCGUUGUGGUUUUUGUUUUUUUUUUACCCUUCUCUGCAGGUGAUGUAGGGUUAAGAUGGCUAUUUUUUUCAGUUUUUUGUUUUGUUUUGUUUUUUACAUUUCACUUGUCUUGUUGCAUGAUGGUUAAUAGCUGAUUUGGAAAUUACAUUUCUCUCCUAGAUUAAUUUUUGUGUUUGUAAGAUGUGCAUAUUGCUUUGCAGAAUAAUAAAAAAAAGAAAAAAGUUUA